AUGUCUUCUCCAGGUCACGGGAAAGGCAAAAAUAAACGAAAAUCGAAGGGUCGAGGUUCUGGUGGCGGACGAGGACGAGGAAGAGGACAAGAGCCGUUGUCUACUCCAGGAAGAAGCGAAGGUGCAUCAAAACCUUGUGAUGAAAGGGAAGAAAUUGCUCACCAGUUUGCUGAAGGAGAGGAAAAACCAGCGGCAAGUGCAAGUUCUCCUGCGUCAAAAGCAGAAGAAACACUUGGGGCUUGUUCAUCUGUUUCAGAAACAAAGAAUCCAUCGCGACCUUCAGCGGAACAAAAGGCAGAUGUAAGAGAUCUUUCUGCAAAAGAGCCUGUUGUCUCAUCAGAUAAAAGCAUACCGACAUCUGAAGCAACACAGGGAAAAUCAAGGCAACAGCAGCCCAAACAAUCUAAGGGAAAGUCACCCAUAUCCUCUUCUCCGCCAGACACUAAAGGUAUUAUAAAAUACAUGCCCUCGGUCAUGAUUUACUUUGCUAGUUGAGUGUCCUACAUUUUGGUAUUUUGGACGAGUGGUCAUAAGGAGGUUUAGUGUCAGUAUAUUAUAUGGCUAAUCUUCAGAAUACCCCGCCACUGAAAUAUUCCACAACAACUCUUGCUAGCAUAAUAUGGUCCGUGGUCGACUCCGUGGUCCACAGUGUUAACUAAGCCAGUUUAAAAUAAAGCGGCCAUUCUACCAAAUAGCGCUGCACACUGAUGACGUCACAAAAACGUGACCCCUAUCGAGACAAAUAUGGGCCAUUUUUGCAAAAGCUCGCAAGAGCGCUGUAUGCAAACACACAGUUUGCUAUCAGUUGUGCUUUCCCUUUUAGCAUUUUUAGGAGCAUUCCAGUUUCGAAAUAUGACAAAGAUCCAUGAGAAUAUAAUGUAGAACAAAUGAAAACAUAGCUUAAGUACAAAGGAUUGAAACAGAGCAGAAAGUGAAAGGACUUUUAAAUGCCGUGUUUCAAUACCUUAUUGCAGCGGGUAAAUAUUUUCAAAGAACAAGAUACCCGGCAGUCUGAUAUUCACGUCCAAUUAUUUUUCAAGAAUUUUCAUUGAAUUCUUUUAAGAAAAUUUGAUAUUUGUUUAGAAAUUUUGAUUUCUGUGUGCCAAAGUAGAAACAGUCGUAGUAAUAUUUCAGACUGCUGGGCUAGUGUAAUAAUAACCUGACAACCGUCCCCGCGAUUGAAGAUUCAAAUAUGCCCAAGUUUGGAGAAUUUGUCCACUACAAGACCAAACCUGUUUUCAGAGUUGCUUGGCAUUUGCGAACAAACAGCAAAUGCUCUGGGGAGGUUUCGAUGAUAAUUUUUCUGGAUAUCCUCUGAUACACCUGUAACUGACCCAGUGCGUCACGCCGGUGAAGUGUUGAAAACAUUGAGAUUUCACUAUAUGCCCAAGGUCGACGAUUGAGUCUGGCUUCAAACCCAAGGCAAUGUUUGAAAUCACUUGAGAUUUCUAAAGAAACAUUUUAUGUUUUCAGAAGAAUUAAAUCUCCAUCAGAAUUCGUGAAAAAGGAUUAAAUUUCAGACUGCCCAGUAUCUAAAAACCAUUUCCUGGCAGCCUGGUCACUCCAUAGGACAUGGCGUACUUCACUUUCUUUCUGGAUUUCUCGUAUUUAUUUAGCAACUCAGACCACUUUUUGAGGGAUCCUUGAGUCCCUCUUACAUUCUUCCCAGCUGUAACGCUUGCUGUUUACCAUUUCCCGAUAAAAAUAUGCCAAAAAAAGAACAUUGUUUUGACUCAAUACUCAGUAAAAGCGCAUACAAAGCCUUUGAGAGAGAAGCAAAGUUUGUCUGAGUCAUGCAGGGGGUCUCAUCUGAUGUAAACUAUUUUUAGAAUCUGUGCGCAGUGCUAUUUACCAUACGAACAUAUGAACCAUGGUAGCAGUACAGUGUACAUUUACACACCUAAGGUGCAUUCCAUUUGGAUGUUCCGGAUCAGGAUCAUCAUCCAAGUUCACUCAGAUCAUAGCACAUCAAAGGAACCAAUUAAUUCAACCUGGGAAAGGACUGAUCGUUCAUUUGAUGUACCAUGAUCCAAUAGAUCUCAGAUCACUGAUCCUGAUCCAGAUUAUCCCAAAGGAAUGCACUCUUAGUUAAUUUCAAAUUACCCCCCAGAGGACUAUGGACUGCGGUAGCAGUAAGUUUACACACUUACGCAAUUCAAGUUCUCCAAUUUCACCAAUUUCUUUUUGACUGACUGUGGACCAUGGUAGCAGUACAUUUAACACUUUUUUCACAUUUUUUGCUAUUAAAAUUAAUAUAUUAUCAUGACCUAAAUUAUUUAUUCAAAAGACUAAUAAUAUUUAAGUUUCAAUAUUGAUACUUUUAGAAUUUACAGCUAUUCAGUUAAAUUUGUUUUAGAAAAUAUUGACCUACUCUCUAAAAAGAUAUGUUUACAGUCCUAAUGGUUGUGCAUUCCACAGUUUAGGGAAGUUAGUAAGUUUUUGUGCGAGGUCUAGGUUGUUCUAGCAGCUACUAAGAUGCGGACCGCAAAUUCCAUGAGUGCAUUUGUUAGCUAAGUCUGUCCUCUAGAAAUGCUAGGUGAAAGGUUAUUGAGUGAUUUAAAAGCGAACGAAAGAAGUUAAACAACAAUACAAAAACUAGCAAGAAGCCAAUGAGGGUCAAAUAAAACAGGCAUGCGUUCAAAUUUACGAGUCUGAGUAAUGAUUGUGGCAUUGAUACUGAUCAAUACAAACACUGAUACGUUGAUGAAUCAGUGUCCUAUACAUAAACAGUCUUUGAAUUUAACAGUCAGGUUUCACAGGGAUCACACUCUGACAUUGCCAUAAAAUGGCAUCCAUUGCUCAAACUUCAAUAUUAUACUUUGAAGGGAUAAAAAAACAGUGUUAGCAAAGCCUCCCUUUGGCUCAGAUCUGAUAAAACUCUGUUCACACGUAAUAUAAUUGAUAUUCAAGCAUUAUUGAUCACUUUUCAGUCAAUUCUACCACACUGCACCUGCAUUCUUGCGUAUAAACAUACAUGUAUUACCAGAUUCGUUGGGGUGCAGGCAAGCAUUUCAUAUUCUGCCCUCCCCUCCUCAACCCUCUUUUUCAAUUUCAUUCCACCUUUCUCGACAAACUCAUUUGGAAGUGCUUGCUACGUGUAUGCAGGCUAAAUUCUUUGUUGACCCAUGGUUAUACAAUCUUCUUUUAGAUAAAGCUGGACUACCACAGGCCCAAGCAGCUGUAGGAGCCAGUGCUUCUGCAACUGACCCAGACGUGACUAAAUUAGCAAUCAAGUUGGGAUCUGGAUUAAACACUGGAGGUAGGUAAUGGAAGUAAUACUUUUUCAUCAACUGUCAUGGAAAAACAUACAAAAAAAAAAUGAAGGUAGUCAGUAAAAGCAGGCAAGAGUUAUUUCAGACAGGCUUUACCAGAACAUAAACUUAUACAUUAUUAGAGUUCUUGUUAUAUUUGUUAUUUAUAAUGUAGAUUUUACAUCUAAGAACUCCAUUGCAUGACUGAGACCUAUUAUCAGACAAAUUACUCAACUAAUGUACAGUCAAACCUCCACAUGGGACCAUCCAGGGCUCAAAAUAAUUUUGGGAGAGUCUCUGGAUACGAUGACUGGCCAAAUCAUUUUAGAUCGGUCACGUAUCUUUUUUUCUGGCCGGUCAAAUUUAUAAGAAUCUUAUAAAAAAUAAAAAUAAUUCUUAAAACAGGAACCCAUGAACAGGAACCCAAUCAUUGCUUAGGGCUUAUAGCACUUUAAAAGCACUCAUUGUCAACGAUAAAAAUAAAUUACAGUGGUAAUGAAAAUAAGCUUAUGUGUAUUCAGAGGUACACUGUCUGUAACAUGUUAAAUAUCAUUAUCAUACAAUGAAAUUUGUCUGGUGCCUUCAAAUAUACAGUGUACUGAUUUUUAGUGUAGGUAUCACUGUGUGAGAUCUUUAUCCUAAAACUCGGCUAGUAAUCCAUGUUACGCCCAUUACAAGGGAAGCAAAAUUUGUGUUCAUUGAGAAAAUUAACUAAAAAGUUAAAAUAUUGUUCAUUUUGUGUGACUGGUAGGGCGUGAAGCCCGCUGUCUGUUUCAAUGCGUGAGUUGUAAACGUUCGGUUCUAGUUGCAUUUCAGCCAGAAUUUCAGAUCAAAGUUCCGCAAUACACAGUGACUUGUACUUACUGAUAACAACUUAAAGAACUGAACUGCAUGGAAAUUUUAAUUUAUUUCAUUUUCAAUACCAUCGAAUGUGACCGGUCAACAUGACCGGUAAGACGAAAGGUUGACCAGUCAACUCCCCAAUCAGUCCAGACAUUGUCCGUUGGCUGGCCGUUAUUUCAAGCUCUGCCACCUCUAAAUCACCUCCCAUAAGCAAACAACUUCCUAUCCAAAACUCCAAAACUUUCCCAGUCAGUUGGAAUCUCUUGUAAACAACCCCUUUCUGUAAGCAUCCACAAGCACUUUUUGGGGCUAACGGUGUAAUAAUUUUUCUAUUCUUUAAACCUCUUCUAAGUGAACACUUGUCCUGAUCUCUGUGUUCGCUGUUUGUACUACUGUAUGCUACUUAAAUAACUAAGAUUCUUAGCAAAAACAUGGAACUAUACAUGUCAAUAUAACUUUAGAAUUACAUGCAACAAUCUACCUUCCAUAAAAUAGAUGUGUUCAGAAAUUUUCUUGCGAGAGACCCCUGAGGUUCUUUUCUCAUACAGACUGUAAGCGACCACUAAGUCUUUGUAACCACAACGGUCGUUACAGGAGGUUGGACUGUAUUUGAAGCAAAAGUAAAAGGGAUGUUAAAAAAAUGGAGCAGUAAUUUCCUUUACUGACCAUUGUCAAUAUUUAUUUAUGGAUUAUUAACAAUGGUUAGUUUGCAAUAACUACAUGUAUGCUGUAGCUGUUUGCACUUUUAUUUGAAUUAAUCCCUCAUGAUCUAUCUUCUCUCAUGCUGAAGAAGACCACUUAUGCUUACAGUGUACACGACUUGUUCAAUACAUGUAGUUUGACAUAUGUUUCUAAUUUUGCUCAGAACACACAGCUCGCCAAAUGCAGCAAAAUGGUAACCUACACCUUCCAAAAAGACCUGGCUAUGGUACUGUGGGCAGACUGAUAAAGUUAAGAGCCAAUUUUUUCCGCAUGAACAUUUCACCAAGGCUGUCAGAUCUUUAUCACUAUGAUGUUGAAAUAACACCAGAGAAGUGCCCUCGGGUAGUGAAAAGAGAUGUUGUCAAUGAGAUUAUCAUGAAGUAUCAAAGUACUGUGUUUCAAGGCCACAAGCCAGCAUUUGAUGGAGAGAAGAACCUCUACAGUAGGAUAAAGCUUCUUACUCCAGUGAGUGAAUCGAUUUUUGAAUCUACUGAUUUUCUCUACUCUGUCUCAGGGGUUUUAAUAAAUUAAAAACUGAAGUACAGCCAGCAGGUUUGAAUAGACUGUAUAAAAAAGGGACAUGUAGUCCCCUUAUCUUCAAAGGUGAGUUUUGGGGUUGGCUCCUCAGAAAAUUAAUUUGAAAUUUUUUUAAGCCCUAAAAUGUGAUUUUCAGUGUUCUGUUCACUAAAUUGAGUAAAGUAGGAUAUGGGAAGAUUUCCUAUCAACAGCAGUGAUUUCUUUAUAAAUGUUUAAUGCUGAUCAGUUAUGAUUUACAAAAUACUGGCAGUUUGUAUGCUGAUACAUUUCCUGGAAAACAAUGAAUAUGAACAGAAUCACUGUGAGUAUGAUUAGUAGCUCUCUGCACUUCAUGCAAAUGUUGUAUAUUAAUUUUGUCAAAAAAUAAACAGACAGUACAGUUUCUUUUUUUUUAGUUUUACGACUGCUUUAAUUAAAUUUAAGUUUUCUCACACUCAGAAUCUUUGUUUAAUUUUAUACUUCAUUCUCAGCUUCAGUUAGGGGGAGCAGAGCAUAGUGGCCGACAGGUUUCGCCGGUUAUCAGUGCUUAUUGAAAUCCCUGCUGUCUUAUGUUCCCUUAGUAUACACUGUAUCAUUAAUGUAACUUUUGUGUACCACACCAUGGUAAUAGUUAAUAAUUGUUGAUUAAUUUUACUCAUUCACACUUUUCUACAAAAUUUUGUCUUUUUGCCCAGGCUGAACUUGAUGUAACUCUGCCUGGCGCAGAUGGUGGAAGGGACAGAGUAUUCAAGGUUGGUGUAAAGGCUUUAUAGGUACAACAGCGACAAGGAGGGGCUCCAGACAUUGCUCUACCAGAAGCUUAAUAAAAAGUGUUGACUUCAUGUUUGAGAACUAAUUGUCAAGGCCAUUAAAAGAGUAUACAGUAUUUACAGCUAAAAGUGAUACAGACUAGAGAGCUUUAGAUUCGAGGACGUCUAGGACGACUGCGAGGAUGACAUUUAAUUUUAAGUUUUCUUACCUAUUCUCGUGUCUCGCCCAGACGACGAUCGAAUAGUAUCCCAUGAUGCACCUCGAUUCAUGUUAUAUUAUCACUGCGUACGUGACACAUCAUGAUCAGUAAUCUUCAGCACGCGCGAAGUGAACAUCGAUGGCAGUGCUCGAUGUGGAUGGUUUCCAAACAUGUUUCGGUUCAGCAGCUUCUGCUUUUGAGAUUAUCGAGUUGGCUUAUAUUCACUGUGCUUUAAAGGAGAAUUUCAGCGUUGUUUUGACUGAGAAGGGUUUUACAUGUAUUUCACUGAUCUGUCGAGAACUACUUGUGCCGCGCUCGGUCGCACUGUAAACACAAAUUAUAAGACUCGCAAUUGAUAAGCUUCGCAAGGUUCACUAGGAGAACCCAGGCCAGAGGAGAACCAAAACUAUGACUGAUCUAUAAAGUGGUUCCAACAAAACAUCAGCUACGCUGUGAAGCUAAUUACCAAAGGAGAAUUUAUUACAGCAUCGCGCUCAAAGGAGCUGAAGUUUACAAUGGCAGUUACAAAUAAAAUUUAACCUAUCGAUGCGACAAACAAUUCGCUGAAGCACAGUCUACCCGGUACUGAGUCAAGCAAUCUUCAAGGAAAUUUCCUGGCCAGAAUACUGAUCUGUUCUUUUGAAUAAAUAAAGUUUCUGAUGUUUCUUUUUCAAAUUCUGAGCAGGCUUCAGUUUACGUUGUGCCAGCUUGCAUGCUGCGUGGUACCUUUCUUUGGGUUCUUUUCACACUGAAACAGACCGUUAUACACCUCUCCUUCUUCGAAUUGAAAUAAUUAUGGUCAAAUUCCUUUUAAAAAUAACCUCUUUGAAAAUACAAAGUGAUUGCUUUGGCAUAAAGCGCUCUCAAAAGCGCCCAACAGAUUGUAGCUUUCAUCAGGCUUUACACAUAUAUUAUGACACAUGGCAUUGAAAUGUGAUAAAAGAUUCAAAAUUUCAGCCAUCUUUGGUCGACAAAAAAGUCUUCAAAAUGUGGGUACUUCUGGGUACUUCUUGGCCUGUACAAUAUUCAGGACUUCAUUUUGCUGGCGUGAGGCCCACAUUUGGAAGAUUUCAACAUAUAUUCCAAAAAAUCUCGAAUAUUCAUGACCUGGUUGUGGGUCACUGAACACUUUGUGAUGGGAAGACUAAUUGAAACCGUGAAAAUAAAUGUUUCUAAGUGGAAACUUCGCUCUUAAGCCAUUGCAAAUCGGAGAAAUCAUGUCAAAAUAAUAACGAAAUAAUGUAAUUUUUCUACUUUUACUGGAAAUCGAGUGAGAAGAAAGCCGACGAGAAAAUGACCUUAUUUCACGAUGGAAUCUGCUAUGACUGCGAUAUUGCGUGAUGCUUCUGGAAAAAUGCAUCAUGGGAUACUAUUCGAUCCUCCUCUGUGUCUCGCCCAUUCUCUAAAAUACCCCGGACACCCCGUAAAGCAUCAUUGUACUUUUUGUCACCACAAAAGUUAGUUUGCUUAAUUCCGUUGAAGGAGGUGUAGCCCUCUCCCGAUCACUAAAUGAUAAAAUUCCUAACAUUUGAUAACUUGUUUUCACCACCAUGGCAUUCUCGCUAAAACUCAUGGUAGAAUGACGACGGUUACCACGUUUUCCCGCCAAAAUGAAGCUGUUUCACGCAAGCGCACCACUUAGUAUUGGGAAAAUCUCAUACUCAUAGUCGUCCUCAUCUCAGAAUCUAAAGGUCUCUAUAAAAUUAAGUUUACAAUGCAGGAGACCCACUCUUACUGACACGAUAGUUAUUAAAAUUCUAGAAGCAUUUAAAUUCCCGUAAGUCUUUAUUGACUUAUUAUUGAAGAAAACUUAGGUUUUACAAUUUGAAUAAAGAAGUCUAGGUAAUUGGAGUCCAGGAAAUGAAUUGUAGAGGUUUGACCUUCAAUGAUCUGUAUUGUGAAACAGUAGUGAUGAUCACUACAGGUGCCUUCAUUUGUCUUUUCCAGGUUAAGAUCCAGUUUGCAGCAUCAGUCAGUAUUGAAUCUUUAAGAAAAUUCCUUAUGGGACAACAGAACGGUAAAUCAGCCCAAGAUGCUGUGCAGGCACUGGACAUUGUUAUGCGAGAAAUGCCUUCACACCAUUUUACACCUGUCGGUCGAUCAUUCUUUCCUCUUGAUGGAUAUGGUUCAAAAUACCUAGGGGAGGGGUGUGAAGUGCAGUUUGGCUUUUACCAGAGUAUGAGACCCUCCCAGUGGAAGGUGAUGCUGGUGAACAUUGAUGGUAAGAUCUUAGACUAAUACCCUGCACUUAUAAGUACUUGGAUGCUAGUUGCACUUACAACAUAUAUUGAGUCCUUAAAUAUAUUUAGGAAAAGAAUUAUUAUAAUUAAGCAAUUGAUAUUAGCCUGAAAAAGCUGCAUAGACUUUGAGACACCACCAACAGUUUCUCCACAAAAUUGACAUCUGCAGAACAAGCAUAGAAAUUCCAUACUGAUGACAUGUACUAGCUACCCAGUGGUCAGGUUCCAUAAUGUGUUAUAUUAAUUUUUACUAAUAAUUAAAUCAAGUUAAACAGCUCCAGACAAUAGACUUGUUUACUUUUUCCCGAUAGCAAUGCUUAUUUUAGAGCAUUGACUGACUAUUAAUUUUGAAAAACUUUUGAUAUUACUUGAUAAAAGGGGUAAUUUCUUGCUCUUUACAAGUACAUUGCAUCUUUGCAUUUCAGUUUCUGCCAAGGGCUUUUAUAAGAGUCAAGGUGUGGUUGACUUCCUUCGUGAAACCCUUCCACCAUCACAACAUCAACUUGAAGACCCUAGGUGUCAGAUUGACAGAUCGAAGUUUGAGAAGGCUAUACGUGGUAAUGUGGAGGAUCUUGGAUUAUAGGGAUUGUCUUAUUGUUCAUUAGAAAUGUGUCCAAAUGUGGUUUAAAAGAUGGUACUAUGGAAGAGGGUGCAAAGAAAGUCAGUUUUGUAGCCUGCCAUUUGGGCAAGCUGUAGCUAGCAUGUACUAGCCCACAAGUCAUUUCAACUAGCCCCAAAACCCUUUUUGAUUUGCAGGAUUGAUUACAAUCCUUCUAUAAUUUGAAUUUCCCAAAAAAACAUCACUUGCCCGUUGGGCAAGUUAAGAACAAAAGUCACUAGCCCGAUAGCAAAAUCCACUAGCCCCAGGUUAUCAGACACUACUUUCUUUGUAUGCUGAUGUAACCUUGAUUUUUUCUAUCUUGCAACCGGCUUAAAAGAACAAAUGCACAGUUAUUGAAUGGGUUUAGUCAAACCAUUUAAACUGGCUAUCAUCAACAGCUGAACUUUUAGAUUGUUCAAUGAAAAAGAAACUCUGAAAUUCUUCUUAUUCUAACGAUUUAAAGCACGCACCUAAUACAGCUGCUACAACCCCUCACUCAUCCCACUUUGAUGCUUUGUAGUUAAUUAAAAUUCCGUCCAAAUUAUAAGUACAGUUGAACCUUUACCAAUUAGCCUUUGGCCAGAAAAACAAGGAGGAGGUCUGGGCCAACCAUGCCCUUCCUGUACAUCUGCCAGUGAGAAUGACCUCCUCAUUCUUGGCCUAGACGUCCACAGUGACUCUUAUUUUAACUCCCCUGGUAUAACUACCUUGGACUCAAAGACGGUCGUUUAUGGAGGGGUUCACCUGUAAUAAUACAGUGGGAUUUUAAGGAAAAGUAGGAGUAUAUCCUGGGAUUUCUUUAGAGCUUAAAUUAAUAAGUGUAUAACUUACAACCUAGGAAUGUGCGUGCACGGUUUUCAUUAUUUAUUUAUUUUUUUAAGUAGAAGGGUACCCUAGGUUGAGUUAAGGCAGGAAAAGUUAAAAAGUUUGAGACAUGACUUUUCCAUUUUGCUUGGAGGCAGGUACUAUGCUCAUAAUACACCGUGAAAGGUUUGAACCCUGGAGUCAUUUCAAAAGUAGGUUGAGUUUGAUCGUCCGGGUGAAGUAGUACACUGUUUCCGGCUUUUUAUGCAACCCUGUCAUGAAUAUUUUCUUGAACAACUCUUUGUACACUCAUCCAAAGAUCGUUGCACCCGCUUUUUCCUGAUAGGUUUACGGGUGGAAACCACGUAUUUAAAAAGAAAGUACACAGUAUGGGGAGUGUCGAGAGAGUCUGCAGACGGGCUACAAUUUGAUGUUGAUGAUGAAACAUCUGGCCGCCGCACAAAAACAACUGUUGCAGCAUAUUUCAAGGAUAGGUAUAAGAUGCAGCUGAGGUAUGCUUCUUUUCAUCUUACAUCUUCUUUUCCCAGCAGAGAUUUUUGUAAAAAACAGUAUUCUCAGUUGUCUCUUGCUACUGAAACUGAAUUAACCUGUGCCUAAUCUCACACAGAUUUCGGUUCACUGGUCUUACCAUGCCCAUGUGUACAUCUGAAAAGAUAACCUUGUUAUUUAACAAUUAAUGAAUGAGGCUGAGUAUCUUAUGAAGAAUUAUGGAGAUCGAGGGGGGUGUUAUCCGUCCAAACAAACCAACACCGACCGUUUUGCACAGUUUGUAACGUGCAAAUAUGCCACCUAUUUAGAUUCCUAAGCGCCUUACAUACUUAUUUUGUAUUAUUUAUUACCUUAGAUUCCCGUUAUUUCCGACCCUACCUGUAAUUCAGUUCUCACUGCAAAAGGUAGCAAUAAACCAAUUUAUUUAAAUAUUUAUUUAUUUAAGGCCGUAGGCCGAGGCGGAUAACACCCUCCGAGAUCUUCAUAAUUCUUCAUUUGAUACGAAAUUGUUUUAUUAUUCAUUCAAAAUAAUUCCUAGUUUAAAAACGUAGCUAAAACAUGCUUACCCCCAUCGAUGUUAAGUUCAUCUUUGAUAGUGCACGUUUAGGGUUGUUCAGCUCCGCAAAUAUUCUCUAAAUAGCAGAUGUCGCCGUUCAAGUUGUCUUCUUGUUGUUCUGGCCAUUUCUUACUCUUAAAACGAGUGAAAUGUCCGCCAUUUUUGUUUUCGCAACCAAAACAACUCAACCUCGUCCCCAGGUCAUCUCGGAUAAUGGUGCAUUAACCUACAAGAAAGCUGCACUUUUAACGUCAUCGGUUGAUUAAUCGCAAAAUUCUUCCAAAUUUGGUCAUCAGUAGCUGGUUAUGCUGAAUUAUGCGUGUGCUUAGGAAAUAUUUUGAAUGAAUAAUAAGGAACUUAACUCUUAUGUUAAUUACGGGAAAUUAAUGCGACUUAAAAUAACACGAAGUGGAGGAAAAUAACCUUCAAAUAAAGGAAGUUAACGCGAAAGAGAGGGUAGCAUUUUAAAAUGAAGGAAACUAACGCGACCUGCACAAAGAAACAAAACUUGCUAAGAAAAAACAAAACCAUGGUACUUUCUCGAAACGUAGGGGGUCAAGCGAAGACAUCUCGCCUCUUCGAGCCUUCUUCACAGAAAUCACUAAUACUAACGAAUCUCCUGCCUUAAAUUAUACGCACCAUUAGUUAAAGAAUACGAAUCUUCAAAGACACCUUGCGAUUCGUACCAUUGGUACAAAUGAUAUGCUUGCCCCUCAGUCGAUUGAUUAGCUAUGUGCUAUUAGCGGCAGAAAUACGAAAUGGCACAAAGGGGAACUGGAUCUUAUGAACACUUAAAAGCGGGUGGCACAAAAACGAUUCGUUGAUUGGUAUUUUGGCACUUAUGGUAAAGAAGUCAGUAGACUUGUCCACUCCUUCUUUAAGCGUCACCCAGGAGCAAAAAACGUCACCUCAACAUUCCCCGUUCUUUAAGCCAACUACGCGAAACAAUUUCUAUUCCACUAAAUGUUAAAAUUUAUACGCCAACACUUAUAAAGCUAGAAAAGACCAAAUAGUAAAAUAUGCCUAGCUGGUGCGCGUGACACACAUUGGGACAAAGUGUUGUGUGGUGAUAAAUGCGGGCUGGCAGGGAAACAAGGAAACGUUGCUGUGAAAUGAUCCAAAAUCUAUUUCGUCUUGAAAGUCUUAAUGGGAUGCUUUUUGGAGUAUUUCACAUUGAUUAGUCAGUCCUUUUUUACUUUGUUUACCUACCAGUCUGCGCAGAUGCAAUCGUUGCACACUGGUUACAAAGCGAUCGUGGAACAAAGUGACUGUGAAGUCAUCUUUUGUUUUCAAGGAAGUUGACAAUAUUGGUAUUACAUUGUCAGGUAUUCCCACCUGCCCUGCUUGCAAGUUGGCCAAAAUAAAGAUCGGUACCUACCGAUGGAAGUUUGCACCAUUAUUCCUUGCCAGAAGCGGCACUUAUCCGAACAACAGACAGCAAAUAUGAUUAGAAGCACAGCAAAACCUGCACCUGAACGAAGACAGAACAUUGAAUAUUGGGUAGGUUGUUUAUGGGACGGGAGGAGGGGAGGAUGGAUGUAGGGUGGUGGUAGACCAACCUGUUCACUAAAACUAGCUUACAUGUACAGUGUACUUUGUAGUAAACCAUGUUUAAUUCUGAGUGUAUGUUCUAAGUGUAAACUAUGUGCAAUUCUAAUAGGCACAGGAAAUGGUAAAAACCAGUCAGAAGUACUUAAGGGAAGAGUUUCAGACUUCUGUAGAUCCUGAAAUGGUCAGGGUUGAUGGCCGAGUGUUACCACCUCCCAAAAUCAAACUUGGAACACAAGAUCAAGCAUUGGUUCCCCGCGAUGGUUCAUGGGACAUGCGUGAUAGGGCUCUUCAUCAAGGAGCAGACAUUAAGACAUGGGCAAUGGCUUGUUUUGCACCUCCCCAAAGAUGUAACGAUAAUCAACUGAGGAACUUUUGUAGGCAGAUGGCUACUGUUUCUACCAGGGAGGGAAUGAAAAUGACAGAACCGAUUGUGGUCAGAUACGCACGGAUUAGAGAGGUAAGAUGUGUAGUACUUUGAGAGAGGAGAAGUGAUGACGUCACGAAAAUUGAAAUUGUGAAAUUAUCGGAUAGGUUGAAAUAUCCAGAAAGAACAAGGUGAAUAAAGCUCCCUUGCCAAAAAUCAUCCUGUUGGAGCUGUUGGUGGGGAGAAAGAAGCACCUGUAUGCUCGGAUGAUUCAAUGCAAAUCCUUUUAAAAAUUGAAUUGGAUUGAAUUCAAAAUACGACCCAUGCCGUUAUCGGAAGGCUUUAUACAACAGUAUAACAAUGAAUAACCGAUCCAAACUACAAUCUUCUUUGUUGAAGGUUGAAGCUCUGUUUUCCAACUGGAUGGUAGAGUUCCCAGGACUUCAACUUAUCAUGGCCGUUCUACCAGGCAAAGAAAAAGAUCUCUAUGCUGAAAUCAAGCGAGUUGGAGACAGUGUCGUCGGAGUUCCAACACAGUGCGUACAGUUAAAACUUGUUCAGCAAGCCAAGGCUCAAGUGUGCGCCAACAUCUCACUGAAGAUCAACUCCAAACUAGGUGGGAUCAACCAGGUUAUUGAUCCCUCGGUAAAGUCGCUGGUGUUCAGGGAACCCACUAUUGUCUUUGGCGCUGAUGUGACUCACCCCUCCCCUACUGAGAAUGGCAUUCCAUCAAUCGCUGCAGUGGUAGCGAGCAUGGAUGCUAAUGCCACCAAAUAUCAGGCUCGAGUGCGCGCACAGAGGCAUGAGAAGGGGCGUGGAGCGCAGGAAAUCAUCAAUGACUUAGCCGUGAUUGUAAAAGAGCUUUUGAUUGAGUUCUACAAAGCUAAUGGCAAGCUCAAGCCUUCGAAAAUCAUUUUUUAUCGGGAUGGAGUCAGCGAAGGCCAGUUUGAUCAGGUCCUUGCCCACGAAGUGCGCGCUGUUCAAGAGGCUUGCAUGAAGCUUGAGAAAGAGUAUCGUCCCCGGAUCACGUUUAUUGUGGUCCAAAAGCGACACCACACCAGGCUGUUUUGUGAAAACAGCAGAGAUGAAACUGGCAAAGCUAGGAACGUACCUCCGGGAACAACAGUGGACAGUGGAAUAACCCAUCCAUAUGAGUUUGAUUUCUAUUUAUGCAGUCACUUUGGUAUUCAGGUACCUAUUCAUUACCGAAACUGUGCUAUUUUACUGCAUAUUGGUUUUUGGGAAUGGGUAGGGAGGGGUUAGGGGCAGGUUUUGUCAAAACAUUUGUCAACGUGUUACCUCGUCUGUAGCCCUUUUUUUGUCUCAUGAAAAAAUAUUUUCAGUGAGUACAUUUGAGCUUGAUGGCCGGAAUUCCUUCAGAUAAGCGUCGAAAACCUGAAAUUUACAUUGGGAUCCAGCUGUUCAACGAACCAAGUAAAUUUUGUUACCAUCUAAUUAGAAAAAAAUGAUGACAUGUGCCCUUAAUCUUGCCCUAUACAACAAGCACAUGCUUACAAGUUUAGACUGGAGCAAUACCCUGCCCUCAGAGAAACUGUUUUCUCUGUGUUCCGUGUUAAAAUCUGUAGCUUAUCCUAGCGUUAAGACCAUGAAAUACCUUGAAAAACUUUUCAAUUCUCUUGAACUGACAGGUUUUGGCAAAAAAAAAAGUUUUAGAUGUAUUUCAAUGUAGAUUGCGGGCUAAGACAGCCAGUAGACCUAGUAAUUUGUUUGUUUCAUUUGAAGGAAAUACAUCUUUUUCGUGCUUGAGCCACAUGUAUAAGCCUUUUUUGCUCUGUUCAGGUAGAGCAACGUUUAAAUACUAGCUGAACGUUGUUUAAGUAACCUACCCCAGCAGCUUAAUAGUUUGUAACAUCAUGUUUUCGUUUGUUUUACAGGGAACAAGCCGACCUACACACUAUCACGUGUUGUAUGAUGACAAUGGUUUUGACGCUGACAGUCUUCAGCAACUCACUUAUCAGCUCUGUCACGUCUAUGCACGGUGCACUAAGAGUGUGUCUAUGCCAGCCCCUGCGUAUUACGCCCAUCUUGCAGCUUUCCAUGCUCGGGUCCACGUGACCAAUGGUGGAAGUGGCAGGUGAGUUCCCCAAAAUAUGCUCAUGAUAACUUUUAUGUUCUCCAUAGAAAUGUUAGAAAAAGUAAAAUAAUGUUCAUCAUCCUGUGAGCGUGAGAUAAAGUAGCCUUCUAGCAAGCUCUCCUAUUUGGGCAAGCGAAGCGCACCGCGCGGUGCCGCGUCUUCUCUCGUCUUUCGCGCGUCUACUUUUUACGAUAUCCCCAAAUGGAGAGCUUGCUAGCAGGCUACAGACAAAGAAAUUCUGAUCCCAGCGUGUUAAAAGUGGUACCCCCGAGGGACAGGGGGGAGAAGGGGAUUUGGACAGAACAAGGCAGUGAGGCACUGAACAUGGGACCGCCAUUUUACGUGGUCAUCCGAGCCACACGAAGGUCUAGCCUGUUGCAGUGCGAAGGGAGUACCUUCAUUUCUCGAUUAUUUUAAGACCCUGAGUAUUGGUCCGGCCCCAGGAAUCGAACCCGCGACCUCCCGCUCUGCAGUCAACACGCUCUACCCACUGAGCUAACACUGCCGCGGUUAAGAAAAAUGUAAUUUAUGUGUGCAGAGUUAUUGUGUUACUUAUUUUCUGUCAUGGUCGUGAUGGUUUGCUAAAGGCCCCAUUACAGUCAGUAUGAAACGCGAGAGAAUAGAGCCAGUGGAAGACGGGAAAGCAUGGCAAAAUUACGGCAGCUUUCAGUAAAAACAAGGGAGCUGAAAUAAGCAAAGAUUUUCAGGUGUUGAGCAACACACGUCAACCGGAAGUUUUGCAUUCUUGUGGAGUGGUUUGGCCCAGAUUUUCGGGCAAGCCGUGUAUAUCAGGUUAAAGACACGUAGCAAUACAAGUUUGGCAGCGUCGAGGCGGUCGUCACUUGUUUCCAUCCGCCAAACUGACAUUUUCCUCUCAGUGGCUCUCACAAGACAUUUCACUUUUCAUAAAAGUCUAAGUCUCUUCAAUUUUUUAGGAAAAAAAAAAUUCAGGAUGGCACGAGUAGGAUUAGAUCUUGGAGCAUCGGCUCUGCAGUGGAUUACUUUAACCCCUACACCACCGAGGAUUUGCAGUCAAUGAAUGGUUUGAUUUGAAUAUAUACCUAAUUGCAAUAACGUUGUCUUAGAAAAAUGAAAAAAGGAAAAAGCCAAAUAGGAAUUAAUUAGGCUAAUAAGCCUAACAAAUUCAUAUGCGGCAUUCGCACAUGGACGUCGUAUUUGCCUGUUGGAAUUUCCUAUUGUUUUAAAGCUGAAAAACAAUCAAAAAAAUUCCAGCGGAGAAAUGCAGCAGCUGCAAAUGAAUCCACCCUGAGAAUGUGGCUUAAUUAGCCUAAUUAAUUCCUAUUUGGCUUUUUCCUUUUUCCAUUUUUCUACGCCAACGUUAUUGAAAUCAGGUCUUUGUGUACGAAUCAUUAGUCUGUCAAUGUCAGUCUGGCGGAUGGAAAUAGGUGUUGACCCGUCAAGGCAUAUGAAAAGGGAAAAGGUUACACUUCGGGUUGACUUACAUCGCCCAAAAACAUCUUUCCUCAACCCUCUGCAACCUGGAAAUAAAACGUACACUUGGGCAAGAACAUGAUUUGCUCUCUUGUUAAUAAAAUAUUAUUUUGUCCUUACUUAAAUGCUAUCUUUUCUCCAUUUUAAAAGUGUUGAUUUAGAGAAGUGUUCCAAGGCGAUCCAAGUCAGUGAUAAAAUGAAGGGUGUGAUGUAUUUCACCUAAAAAUGUGUACAGCAAACACUGGAACAGGUGACGAAAGGCCAUUUUGGUCAUGCAGACUCGAAGGUGGAAUCUUGUCAUUUCAAAGGCAGUAAAUGGUAGUCUCUAAGUACUAUCGUUAGUUACCUUAAGCUUCCAGGAUGGAGAACAAAGGCUGAAAUAGAGGUCAUCAGUGACCUUUUUUUUUUCAGUUGUAGUUUGCCAACAUUGUGUCCUAAUGUUAUUGUUUGAGGGCAACUGCGAAAAAUACUAUAAAAUUCUUCCAGGCGCUAUUUUGGUUGAUGUUUUACUGUUGUUUUAAGACCAAGAUUUGUUGUUAUGUAGUAACUUGCAAUCUGGUGUCCUUAUUCCCUUUUUGUUUGGGAGACGAGGUAAAAAAAAAAAAAACCGCCUGAUCGUAGGCUAGUUAUGUAGUAGAUAAAAUUGUUGAGGCAAAGCACUCGAAAAGUUAAUAUUUAAGCUAGGAAGAGGUUGAUAUAAAGUAGAGUUCUAGUGACCUGUGCGGUAUGAUCAAUAUUUAAAGAUAAAGUCUACGAAAUUUUGUAUUAUUUAUAUUUUAUUAUGUUUACAAAAGUAGAUAAUGAUAGUGUCAGAAUAGACUUUAUUCACGAUACUCGCCAUCUUUGCACGCGCUUUUGGAUGAUCGUUUAAAAGCAAUGUCACGUCGCAUUUCAGGGGACGAACAAGUGAUCACGGUCGAGUUUCUUUAUUCUCUCAAAACGAGACGACGAUUUGAUAGUCAAGCAAAGUGUACAGGUCGAAUUUCCUCAAGUUUUACGUCAAUAUUGCUUGCUGUGAGGACAUGUACGGUCGCUACUGCAUCCAAACAGUGUCAAUGAUCACUUACACCAGUCCUAUAAUUUUCCAUUAUCGUUUUUAAAAUAAAAAGUUCUUCAUUUUCUGUGGUCUAGAAAAAACAAACACGUCCGCGAUUUUUUGCAUUGGCAAAUUUUAUCAGCUGUUUGCCCCUUGAGAAACCACUUGACAUCGCUUUUAUCCCACCAGUCCGUAAGUGCGUGCAAAGAGGGUAUCGUGAAUAAGGUCUAUAAUUAUUAAUAACUGAAAUUUAUCGGAAGGGAAUUGUGAAGUAUGACGUAGCAGUGAAUAGGUGGAGGUUAUUACUUGGCCCUCAACACAAGGAAAGAAAUUUAGUAUUUUCAAGCGGCCAUGUAAUGUUGAAUUUAUUAUAGAAACACCAAUAAAAAUGUAAUACCAAACCAUUUCUCUGUAAUAUAUCUAUCACGUAGACUUAGUAACGGCGAUCUUUUCAACUGUGAAGAUUACAUGUUCAGUUUUAAGUGUGGGGAUAUCCUGUUUUUGUACGAAAGUUCACCUGAUAUUUCAUUAGUGGUUACCGACCAUUUGACUUUUGAAGGGGAGGGGGUGGGGACUGGAUGAUAAAGUUUGUGAAUAAUCCCCUCGACUUCGUCUUGGGGAUUAUUCAACAAUAUUAACUUCGCCUUCGGCGAAUAAUUGUUAAAUAUAUAUAUUUUUCGGAGCCCACAAUUAUGAUCAACUUUUUUCCUAAUUUUUUGGGUUGCAAAUAUAAGAUGUUUACAUCGAUGCGAGAAUGUUUUUUGAAGUUUGUUUGCAAGCUUAUUUUUUUUUUCUCUCUUUUUUUCAAGUCAUUCAGUCAUACUCAGUCCUCACUACCCACCCCAUCAGAAACAACAUGGUCGGUUCUUAAGAUCAGCAUAAGUCAAAGAUAGUGCGAAUUAGUUCAAGAUCAAAGCCUUUUAAGUAGCUGAUCCGUUAUUAAUUAAAAAAUAAUUCAAAACGAUGUUCUAUAGCCAGGGUAACCUCCUAGAAUAAAGUGCUUUUAUCGAUGAGCACCUUGGAGAAUUAGAACCAGUAAUAUAUUGCAACAUUUAAUAGCUUAACUCAUAAAAGCUUGCGUUCUUUAGAAAUGCAAAAUAAAGUCUUCAUAAAUAACAAC